AUGGUACCUGCUGAUUUCAUUUUCUCGACUUGCGGUGCAGGUACCUUGUGUUAUUAUUUUGGUGCGAGCAACCUAAGUGGUUGGCUGCUUUGCUUUUUUUUUUUUCCCUCCCUUUUCUCAGGUGCGCCUAUUUUUUUUCGGAAGCGCGGAAUACAACACACGCGACUAGUUUUUGGGAUUAGCGGGUUACCUCUUUUUUUUUUCGGCAGAGAUUCGGCUGUUU